GGGAUCUGGAUUCACCAGGGAAGCACUCACUCAGCUCAGGAAGCACCGCUGACUCAGAACCAUGGCACCCUGGGGUGCAGGCCUGGCUGCCUGGACUCUUACAGCAAGUUUUGGAAAUGAGCUGGGUGGGGUCCUGGCAGAGACGUCACUGGUUUGGGUGGGGGGGCUUGGUGGUUGAAACCCACCACCAUGAGGGAAGGGGGUGUGCAGUAGGAAGCCAAGGCCUAGGCUCUGGGCCAGAACAGCACGUAGCCCUUGUUCUGCCGGCCCUAGCCCAUCUUAUGUGGGGUCUCUGCCUUCAGCCCUCAGGGCUCCAAAGUCCCCCACGCGCCCUACAGCUCCCCUAACACCUGGGUUGCACUCGCCCCGCCAGUGGCUCUGGCAGGGAGGGUUCCUGAGGUGUUGAAGGCUGGGGGUAGUGGAGUUUGCCCUCCUCAGGGAACUGGGCUGUCACAUCCCUGUCAACCUGUGCCACCCUCAACAUCCGCCAAGGUCAGACUUGGUGCUCACCAUCCUGGGGGUGGGGCGGGCAGUCAGACAGGUCUGGUUGCAACCUGGGUCUGGAGGGAGGGGUCCUGCCUUGGGCACCUCCCAUGGGGAGGGGUGUUUGGUAUCCACCUGCAAGGUAGGCCUACGGAUGGGGUCAGAGCAGGCAGGAAAGUGCCGGCCAGAGGGUGGAGGUGCCAACAGGUCGGGUCCAGAUGCCCUGUCCUCGGCCACCCUGGCUCCGCCGCCACCGGCCCCCUCAGGGCUCGGGCCCCGGCAGCCCCGGCAGAGGGAAGGAUGAAGACGAGGAGGAGGAAGGGGACGGGAGCCCGGGCCCUAUCCUGUCCCCCGUGGAGUGCCUCAUCUGCGUGUCACCCUUCGACAGCGUGUUCAAGCUGCCCAAGCGCCUGGACUGCGGCCACAUCUUCUGCCUCGAGUGCCUGGCGCGCCUGUCCCUGGCCACUGCGGGCGGCGGCGACGCGGUGGCCUGCCCGGUGUGCCGCGCGCCCACGCGCCUGGCCCCGCGCCGCGGGCUGCCCGCGCUCCCCACGCAGCUCGCCCUGCUGCCCCGCGCCGCGCGCGCCCCGCUGCCGGGCCAGGGCUCCGUGCGCUUCGACCGCCGGCGAGGCCUGCUAUACCUGCGGCCGCCGUCCGCGCCCGGGCCGCGCAAGGCCCGCCCGCCGCCGCCGCCGCCGCCGCCGCCGCUGCGCCUCGGCCGCCCGCUGUCCCGCAGCCUGACGCUGCGCAGCUCGGCCUGGGUCUUCCACGCGGCCGUCGCCCUGGCCGUGCUGGUGGCCGCGGGCCUCGUGGUCUCGGGCGUCUACAUCUUCUUCCUCAUCCCACGCGCCGCCGCCUCGAGCCCCGCGCGGCCCCAGCUCGUGGCGCUCGCGCCGGCGCCCAGCUUCUGGCUCCCGCCUCGGCCCACGCCCGCCGCGCCCUGGACCCCCGCCUGGACGCCGCGCCCCGCGCGCCCUGAGCCGAACGCCGAGCCGCCAGAGGCUGCGGAGGACGCGCUGCAGCCCGAGGGGGUUCCCGAGGAGACGCCGGCCGGGCCUUCGGACCGCGGGUGGGGGGCAGGGGCGGCCCCGGCCCCGGACUGGGCCCCGCGGGCACGGGGCGGGCGAAGGCUGCGGGGGUCACGGUAAACGCGGGUGCGCCGCAGGCCGUCGCCAGGCCUGGGGACCUGGGUUCGGGGCGUCCUGAUCCCCGCGGAGGCCUUAGAGGGUGCCUGGCAAGCACGCAUUUCCCCAGAGGGGCCUGGUGCGAGGAUUCCUGGGGUCGUGGCAUGCGGAGGGCCCCUUUCGGGGAGCACCCCGGCUCCGAUCCCUGUGGGCCUCAGAUAUGGGACCCCUGAGUCUGUAAAGGCCCUGCUGGGAGGCACUCAUAACCCUCCUAUCCUAUCGGUGAAGGACCAGUCGGCAGAACCCCGAUCCUCUUGCGCGAGUCCAGCCGCAGAGACGCCCAGAACCACAUCGAGCAGGGGCCCUGCUUGGAGCAUCCCCAUCCCUGCUCCUCCUGACGGUCCUCCUGAGUGCACCCCGGUUCAGAGCCUCAAGAACGUUCCUCCUCGGCCGGACCAGGGCUGAGGACUCAGAUUUACCCAUCUUUGGCCACCAUCCCUGGCCGGCCCAUUGCAAGGCCGACCGCUACCCGCUUCCCCAGCCUGUGGACUUGGUUUUCUCCUCUGCUGCCUGUAGGCUGGGCCUGGUGGGCUCCAGCUGUCUCCGUGCUGGUCCUGAGCUGCUGCCUUGCACACUUGACUUGGAGUUGUGGUGCAGCAGUGGCCUGUCCAGGGCUGGGGAGGGACAGAUAGGGCCGGAGCUUCAAAGACUGGCUCCCUCCUGGAUCCUGUGUAUCAACUUCCAGUGGAAGCCUGGACUUUCCCUAUGGGUAGUGGCUUCUGAGAUUCUCCUACUCUGCUCUGAGGCAGCUCUGGUCCCUGAGGCUCGAAGAAGUCAAAGUCGCCCUCUGGGUCAGAGAAUAUCAUGUGAUUGUAGGUGGAGGCUCCCUCCUGGACACCUGGGCCUCCCAAGGAUCCUGGCCCCUCUCCCUAGCCAUGAGAGCCCCCGACACCCCCUCUCCGCUCAUGAAAUUCUCAGGGCCAGUUACUGCACCUCCUCCAGGUCAGACAAGCUUUCCUGCCAGCCCUGCUGUGCGCCAGGCUGGAGCCUCAGCGCUCCUUGCGGAAGCAGCCAACAAGUGGCGCUCCAAUUCCCGCCCUCCUCUCGGAAGGGGUUAACCACCCUCCGCACAAACUGAACAUGGGCCCUGUCUCCCUGCCAGGCCCGGAGCCCCAGGCAGCCUCACUUCACCCAAGGCUGGGGUGCCGUGUGUGGCAGGUGGCAUCCAGCACUCUCUGGAGAGAAAUGUGACUCCUAUGGGGCUGGAGGCUCCUCUUAGAUUUGUUUACAUGUGCGUCCACAGCGCCUGGCACACAGGGCUACCGGAUGGUUUUCUAGGGAGUGGCAUCCUUGCAAGUAACCAAGAGGCAUCCUGGGAAGCCUACGGUACCCGAGGCUCACCUGGCUCCCAGCCACCCCGGCCUAGGCCUGUUAGUGGAGCUCCGGAUGGGGGCUACUGCUUCCAGGUGGGAAGCAGGAGGGGGAGCAUCAGGGUGCCCAAGGGAGUGUCUUCCCGGACAGUUCCUGUCCCACACCCGGGGCCAGUGAUGCCAGUGUGUUGGAUCAUGGGACAGGCACGGCCCGGUGCCGCAGGGAGGAUACCUGGCCAGGCAGGAGCAGGAUUGCUUGGUGGUCUCUAUUGCUUUCCCCCGGCUCCCACCACAAAUUACCACCAAAUCAGUUCCAUAGAACACCUGUUAGUUAUCUUACAGUUCUGUGGGCCAGAAGUCUUUUUUGAAUCCGAGCCACAACUGUGACAAUGCCAGGUCCUUAACCCACUGUGCCACAGCAGGAACUCACAGGUCAGAAGUCUUGAAAUCAGUUUCACCAGGUUGAAGUGGGUCUGCAGGGCUAGUUCCUCGUGGACGCUCUAGGAGAGAAUUUCCUUAGCUUCUCUAUCCUCUGGAGCUGCGCUCCUUGGCUUCCUCCUCUGUCUUCAGGGGCAGCAGGAUAGCAUCUUCCAAUCUCUUCCUGACCCUCCUGCCUCCCUCUUUCACCUUAAGGAUACUGGGAUUACACUGGCCCACCCCUAAGCCAGGAUAGCUUCUCUGACUCCAUGUCCUUCAUUUAAUCACACCUGUGAAGUCCAUUUUACCAUGUAAAGUAAGAGACUCUCGGAUUCCAGGGACGAGGAUCUGGAUGACCUUGGGGGCAUGAUUCAGCUGACCACAGGGUCUUUCACCUCGUGCUGUGCAUUGCUUGCCUUCUCCACCCCAGGCUGG